UUUUGCGUCGAUAUACUAGAGGACCACAACAUAUCUUUAAUUCUUGUAAUUUAUGCGGUCUUGUGAAGAAGAACAUUGGUUUAUGUGGAUGUCACUUUGUUCCCCUGAUUGUAACUGCUGGAACAGUGGACGGCUGCUGGCUUCCAGAGCGCUCGCUGUCAGAACCGCGGGGCUGCGCGUUGACAGAUGACGGGGGCGCGCUUCAACAUCGGAAAAUGUGACACACCGUCCAUGCAGGAGAUGAUGUGAACUUUGACCUCUGACGGUUGGUGUACUGAUGAUGACGAAGCUAACCGUACUAAACUGUUGACCCAUCCAACUGCCUCUGAACAGGUCCAAGCACCACCAUGCCUCAGCCAGGUAGCAGUGGGAUGGAGCCUGUCUUUGGUGAGGCCUAUGGGACCAACGGGUUAUCUGUGACCUUAGAGCCAUUCACCAUCUCUCCUACAGGGGGCAGUGCAGAGUCAGACAACUGUCCUAAGGGUGUGGUGGUGAUGUUGGGGGCCCCAGCCUUGUCCCUGUGUCGAGGCCAGCAGCCUGGAUGUGAGCUACUCAGUGAUCUCUUGGAGGAUGUGUUCACUGACGACACACACACCUCCGAGCGUCGCUGGGACAUCUCGGCACUGGAUGACAUCACACACUACGCCAAAGGCAGCCCAGAGGGGGCACCACCGAGCUGCGAGAGCUCCUCCGUCUCACCUGAGGGAGGCAGAGAAGAACCAUGGUUAUCCCUAAGACCAGGGGAGAGGCAGCCGAGGAACCCCACAGACCUCACACCCUGUGUAGGGUUGGGGGCUGGACACCUCCUCCUGGCUGGUAGAUAUCCGGAGUCCUGGAGCCAAGAGGCUGGAGGGCGGGAGAGUGAAGCUAGGAAAGGGCUGCAGCAGGUGGGGCAGGAAGAGAUGGUGCAUAACUACUCUCUACAGAGUGAGCCAGACACUGAGUCUAGUCAAGGAACAGACAGCGAUAUUGAAGAGGAAGAGGAGGAGAAGGAGAAAGAUGGGAAAGAGGAAGAGGAGAAGGGGACAGAAGCCAUGGAGGAAGAGAAAGGGAAGGAAGAGGAGGAGCUUCAGUCCCAUAAGAGACAAAAGAAACGCCGGUGUUACUGGGAAUGUAGCCUCUUCAGUGAGGCAGACCUGGGGAGAGAUGGCGAUAAAGAUAGAUUGAGAGCCAAAUGGAGAGAUGGAGAGAAGGAUAGAGGGAGAGCCGAAGAGAGAUAUGAAGAAGGAGAUGAAGAUAAAUAUGAAGGGGAUAUCAUCUGGGGCCCUAGCACCCUACCCACCACCAUGUGCCUGAAAGAGGGGACCUCCACCAAUGGUAAGCGAGGCCAGAGGAAGGCCCGUCGUACAGAUGCCAGUGACCUGACCCCCAGCCCUGGGAAGCUACAGAGCUUGGGAGAGCAGCUCCAUACACUCAGCUCUGCUCUGGAGGGCCUGACUCCUGUCAGUGACCUGCCUGUUACUGCCAGGGCCCCAACACGAAAGGAGAGGAACAAACUGGCCUCCAGAGCGUGUCGGCUGAAGAAGAAAGCCCAGCAUGAGGCCAACAAAAUCAAACUGUGGGGGCUGAACCAGGAGUAUGAUGGCCUGUUGUGGGCAGUGCUGCAGAUAAAGGAACUGAUCCGCCAGAGAGUGGAGAGCAGAGAGGAAGACACAGAGAGAGGAUGUCUGAGAGAGAGACUGGAGGACAUUCUGAAGGAAUCAGCUGGGCCACGUGUAGCAGGACGAGGCAAAUUGUUUGUGGAGAGGAUCUUGAAGAACCCUGCCGGGAGACAGAGCACCAGAGAGACUAAGGGAGAAGGGUCAUCAGACCCUAGCCACUAACCUCUUCUCCCCACCAGAGUCACUA